UUCAUUGUCUGGAAGCAAGUGUUGCAUCGCGUUUCCCACAACAUCAUCAGGAGUUGCCGUGGAGGUUGAACAUAGAUAGAUAGUGAAAGUAGUAGCACCAUGUCGUCCAAGGCGUCUGCUCCCCCCAGUGAAACCAACAAGGGCAGUGACAAUGACAAGAACGAUGGAGGUGAAUCCGAGAUGAGCCCCAAACCAGAUCGAGUUAAAUUCGACCAGAAAGACGAAGAAACAGCCAAAGAAGGAGAAGAAGAAGUGGCAGCUCCAACGCAACGGAUUGAUGGCAGCCAGCAGAGUCUCCAGGGAAACUCUGUGGGAGAUGUGACGGCAUCUGUCGCGUCUUCGUGGGCUCCUCAACAGCGUCGCACUACUGCCAUGUCGGAUGCCGAUAGUUCCACAUUACCAUCAACCUAUCAUCGGACAACUCGUCGCUCUCCCAAAAAGAAAAAGGUUCGCAGCAAAAAGCAUAAAGAUGAAUCUCUCGCUGGACGCUUGGGAAACUCGGCUUUGGCCAGCACGCUGGAGAUUCUCAAACUGGCAGGAGGAGCCACUCUCCACACCACGGGUACCAUUUUGUCUCCUUCCCUGGAACUCACCAAAAAUGUCAUUCUCCCCAAUUUGCUCGGUUCUGCUGCCGACUAUCUGAGUCAAGUCAGUCCGCAACGGCUCAAGGAUUGGUUCCGCAUUUUCAGUGCCAGUAUUCACCAUCUCAUUGCCGUCAUUGUCAGCACCGAACGAGGGUCGAUAUUUCGUCACAAGGUAGUCCGCGUGGGAGGAAAUGUGGUAGAUGUGGCUUGCAGCGAUACCUCGCGACAGGUACUCAUGGAUGGGAUGGCUGCCUUUAUCAAACUCAACGAAGCCAUGCAUACACCCGAGUUCAAGUCUUUCCUGGCACAAAUAAGUGUCCUGGGUUGUCGUGUAGUGGAUGCCGCGGCCAAUGGAGAGAAUAAAAAGUUGAUACACAAUGUCGUCGAUUUGGCAUGGUCGGGAGUCGAAUUGGUCAAUGAUCCCGCCACUACGGUGGCGUACGCCGAAGUCGCCGCAUACCUUUGCUACGCCUUGGAAAUGGAAGACACAGCAAUCCACGCCAUUGCCAAAGAGCGAAGCGAAAUCAAUCGAACGGCUGCCGAAAAACGACGAGAGAGGGAUCACUUCCAAGCGGCAACCUACCAAGACAUGUACUUGUUGAAUGACCCCAAUGCCACAGUCGAAGAGGUUAUUCUAAGUGCCUUUGGUGUCAUUCAAAAAUCAGUCGAAGAGGCCAAAAUAAGAAAUGCAGCGUUGGGUGGUGGUGAUGAGGAAAACGAUGAUGAAGGUAUUCCUGGUAGUGUAGUGCUCGGAUCGGAUGAUGACGGUGAGGAUGAGGAAGGAUCCAGAGCGGUGACGCCACCACCCCUUCCCGCCACACCGGAAAACACUGCUGUGAGCAAUGACGACAAAUUGGCCUUUGAAAAACCAGAAGGAAUCGGUGGUGAUCAUAACGUUGACGUGAGGCUCUUACGAGAAAAGAUCACCAAGUAUUCGGAAGGUCAGAGACUGGAACAGCUCCGAGCACGCACAGCUGCCGAACAAAAGCCAAUGUUGACAUCCAAUCGACAGGCGUCUGCCAUCACCGAUGAUUUUGAAGACGAUGGAAGAAAAGAUAUUGAGGACCUUUCCUCAUUGGUAAAAGAGGAAAACACCCAUUCGCAGAGCAAGCCGACGCUGCACUUUGAGAACAACCAGGACGGCGACCCUGCAAGCAACAACGUUGGCAGCGAAGAGAAACCCACGGAGGAAUCGAGUCCAAAGUUGCCGCUUAGCGAGGGCCGCCCCGACCGUUCCAUGCCUUUGGAAGGUGAAACCCCCGCCGCUCAUUUCUAUCGUGUGCUGGAUCAAGUAUUGACCGAUCGACGAGAGAUUGCCAUGAAAUCUGUCAUCCCAAAGGCGGACUUGGACGAUGCUUCCGAGGACGACGUGCUGGAUUCUGGUAGAAUGAAGCGACGGUUAUCCAAUGUUCGUGCGGAACGGCGAACAUCCACUGCCCCCACGUUCAUUCAUCCAAAGGUCGCAGAGUUCAUCAACGAGAACGAAAAGUUCGUUUGUGCAGCCUUUUUCGCUGUCAUCUUCCUGGUGCUAGUGUUUUGCAUGUUUGGCUUUUACGGUAUGUACGCGUUUGUCUUCCCACCAACCCCCAAUCAUAUGGCAGCUCCCGUCAGCCAUGGAUUCGUUGGUGGCCCCGGUGAGCUUCAUGUGCCCAUUGUCAUACAAGAGGGCGACCUUCGAUCGAGGCGCGGUGGCAAGGAUGAGUAUGUGAUACGAGUGGUGCGAGAGGUCGUUCAUGUGAACAGCAAUGGAGAAGUACUGCAACAUGUCCGGAAGCAUGAUGAUGAAUUAUAAUGAAAUAGUGAAGCAUGAAGGGUUUCAACCAUGCAAUCUAGCUAGCUUUGUGGUCGGCACUGGUUUUGAAAGUUGUUCCCAUUGGUUCGGU